UGAGUGAGUGAUCUCACACACAUUCGGAUCAUCUCCCAUCCGGGUCGGGUCUCUGACGACAACAACUACUCCGGUCAGUACGACCUAGUAGUAUAAUACUCAAACUUACUCCUUUAACCAAACCCAAAACCCCAUAAAAGCUCUCAGCUUUGCUCACACGUCUCUCCCCAUUUUCGUCAUCCAUCAAUUUCUUCAUCUACCCAAAACGACCCUGUUGGUCUCCGCCUGAGUUUUUCAUCGGAAAACUCGCCAAAGGCGGAAGCUUUGACCCAAUGGCUCUUCAGAGUGUGACCAGCAUCAGUACCCUGUUGUCAAAAUCGGAUCUUUUUGCCGGUGACCGGAGGAUCGAGGUCGGAAAAGUAGCCGGAUGUGGGAUUUGGAGGAGGAAGCGAGGUGGGUUUGUUGUGUGUAGGAGCAGCGAUGGUGGGAUGAAGCAGGGAGGUGGUGGAGGGGUGCCCAACUCGAAUUAUGUGGUGCCCUUAAACAAGUCGUUUACGAACUCGUCGUGUAUCACUAGGCCUCUGGUUGAGAUUUUCAGGGACCUGAAUAAGAGGAUUCCUGAUAACAUUAUCAGUACUAUACCUCCUGGAAAUCAGUCCACUUCUAUUCCUUGGUACCAUGCUAAUCGGAUGCUGAGUUUCUACGCUCCUGGAUGGUGUGGAGAAAUUCGUGAUGUAAUAUUUUCUGACAAUGGAAGUGUGACUGUGGUUUACCGUGUCACUGUACGAGGAUCUGAUGGAGAGGCACACCGUGAGUCAACUGGAACAGUAACACCCAGCGACGGCAACAUUGUUGAUCCAGUUGCUGCAGCAGAGGAAAUAGCUUUCUGCAGGGCAUGUGCCCGAUUUGGCCUCGGCCUGUAUCUGUAUCAUGAGGAUUAGAGAUACCAGACAGGAGACCGGACCUUGACCUACUCAAUGUGUCAACUUUUUUGCUAAUUCAUUAAGUCGGAUAGAUUGUGCUUUUUCUGCCCAUUGAUGUAUAUAUCUGGCAAAUCAGUUGUCAUAUGGUUUCACAUUUAUGUGGUUCGGAUUGUGGCAAACAAAAUAAGUGAUAGUGGUGAUAAUAUAAAUGAAAAGACAGCAUGUUCAUGCCU